AUGCAGCCCGCAAGGCGUUCUAGGCAGCGCGACAUUCGAGAUAUGGCGGAUACCGUGGCGCGCUCGCGGAUAAAUUACCUGUGGGCGGCAAUUGUGGCGGAGAAUGACCUCGCCUUCAAUGUAUCCAAGUCGAAGGCGCUGCAAGCCUUCGUUGACGCGGCCGUCGCCUUCGCUAAGCCGUACACACUCCCCACCCCUUACAAGGUGUCCGGCCCGCUCCUCGAAAGGCUACGGGCCGACUCCGAGGACCUUGUGCGGCCGAUUAAGGAGUCAUGGAAGACGUCCGGGUGCAGUCUCUCGGUGGACGGGUGGACGUGCCUCAAGUCCUGCGGGAUGGUGUGCGUCAUCGCCCACAACAACACCGUGCCCGUGAUUGUCGACAUCGUGGACUCAAAAACCGCCAAGAAAACAGAGGACUACCUCGCUGAUCUCAUCGAAUCCGCGAUCCUCAGUGUGGGGAAGAACCUCGUGGUCCAGGUCCCUGAGGGGCAGGAGGUGCGGAGGCUUCUACUGGAUGACGUGUUUUGGGAGUGUGCUACGGCGGUUCUCAACCUCCUCACGCCGGUUUAUGAAGUGCUGCGGGUUGUCGACACGCGGGCACAAAUCAUGGGCCAGGUCUAUGGCCUCAUGAUUGAUGUCACAAUCAAAACGAGGGUAGCUGCCGAGGCUGCUGCCUCUGUUUUCGUCAAGAAGACGAGCCUGCUGCCGGCUAAGGACAAGAACACAUUCCUAGCUACCAUCAAGACCGUCCUUGCGAAGAGAUGGGAUGGCCAGCUCCAUAAUGCCCUGCAUGCCAUUGGAUGGCUCCUCAAUCCCCGCAACCAAUACGCGGGGGAGGUGAGAAACGAUCCAGAGAUAAGGAAAGGGACCGAAGAAGUGAUUCAGGCCCGUGGGGGGGAUGUGGCUGAGCGCAUCAAGCUGUUUGCACAGCUCGCGCAGUAUCACAAGGGUGAGGGCCGCCUUGGAUCGGACGACGCUCGAUGGGCAGCCAGGAACCUGGUGGAGGGGGGGUGCAUGACGGAUGCGGAGUGGUGGGGGAUUUUUGGUGGGGAAGUACAAUCGCUUCAGGAGCUGGCUGUGUUUACCCUAUCACAGCCGGUCACCUCAUCCGAGGUGGAGCGGUUCUGGUCCAACCUUGCACGUGUGCAGAGACGGGACCGCAACCACAUCUCCGUGAAGAAGAUGACGGAUGUCACCUUCGUGGCCUUCACCAGGAGGGCCCGCGAUGCAUACGAUUGCAAAUCUGAGGCCCGUGCUAAGUUGUAUGCCGACCUUACCAACGGAACCCUCAAGGAGGGCAGUGCCGUCCCCCCCGCAGCAGUGGAAGAAGAGGGAGGGGUGGCUGAAGAGGAGGGAGCCGAGGUGGACUGCACCAUCGACUGGAACGAAUUUGGGAGCAUCGGUAAGAAGAAGAAGAAGCGGGCGGGUGAGUGCUCCAAGAGGAAGAGGAAGGAGAAGGGGAAAAGUGCAUGCAUGCGGAAGGCGAAAGGAAAGCGUGCAGAGGAGGAGGAGGAUGAGGAGGCAGAAAGCAGUGGGCAGGAGGAAGCACCCUCCAAGCAUGCUAAGGGUGUCCAGCCCUGGGACCUCAGUGAUGGUGAGAGUGGGGAGGAGGAGGAGGAGGAGGAGGAGGAGGAGGAGGAGGAGGAGGAGGAGGAGGAGGAGGAGGAGGAGGAGGAGGAGGGGGGGUAA